GAGCCACCCUCGGGGAGCCGCCUCAAGUGCUACUGGCGCUCGGUGGAGAAUGUCGCUGUCGGGUCUGCUCCCAGAUCACGCGACCAAGCCUGAGCUCACGUCCGGUUCUCUUCCCCCUUCCCGCGAGAGCUCGCUUCCCUUCGACCGGGCCACGCGCGGCGUCGCUAGGCGGAGCCGCGGGAAAGGAAGCGCCCGCGCAGGCGCAGGCGCUUUUCCUGAGGCCUGACGGGAUCGAGAGAGGCCCUCCGCACGUACGGCCAAGAUGUCAGAGGACCUUGCAAAGCAGCUAGCUAGCUAUAAAGCUCAGCUGCAGCAAGUUGAAGCUGCUUUAACGGGAAAUGGAGAUAAUGAAGAUUUGCUAAAACUCAAGAAAGAUUUACAGGAAGUUAUAGAAUUAACCAAAGACCUCCUUUCAACACAACCUUCUGAAGCUCUUGCAAGUUCUGACAGUAAUGCUUCUGCUCUCCCCAGUCACACUUGGAAGGUUGGAGACAGAUGUAUGGCAAUAUGGAGUGAAGAUGGACAGUGUUAUGAGGCUGAAAUUGAAGAGAUAGAUGAAGAAAAUGGUACCGCUGCAGUCACCUUUUUGGGAUAUGGGAAUGCUGAAGUUACACCCCUGCUGAAUCUGAAACCUGUGGAAGAGGGAAGGAAAGCAAAGGAAGACAGUGGCAACAAACCCAUGUCCAAGAAGGAAAUGAUUGCUCAGCAACGAGAAUAUAAAAAGAAGAAAGCUUUGAAAAAGGCCCAGCGAAUCAAAGAACUAGAGCAGGAGCGAGAAGAUCAGAAAGUCAAAUGGCAACAGUUCAACAACAGGGCAUACUCAAAAAACAAAAAAGGCCAGGUAAAGCGAAGCAUCUUUGCUUCUCCUGAAAGUGUAACAGGGAAAGUCGGAGUUGGGACAUGUGGAAUUGCAGACAAACCCAUGACGCAGUACCAGGAUACAUCCAAGUACAAUGUCAGACAUUUGAUGCCCCAGUGAUAGAGGGAGAGAAAUGACUAAGCAUCACCUCUGCAGGGCUCUACAUUCAUCUUUUUAUUGUUAUAUUUUUCUAAAGUAAACUAUUGGCACGUAGUAAAAUGGUUGUUGCCUUCAAUUGGCCUCUGCUUCUACAAGCCUUAAGUAAAAAUGGAGAUAUUCACAUGAUCCCCCUUUGCUGUCCUCACAAUUAAUUCGCAUAAAUAUGUAAAAGUCAAGUCUGAUGAGAAAAUGCCCUUUGGAGUGUCAGGAAGCCUCUAGAGUAUCCAAAAAUUGACUGGAAAUGCCAUCAAGCAAACAGUUGUGUAACAAAAUAGUUGUUUUAGCUGUUGUGCUCCCUCUUAUAUAAUAAAUGUAGUCCUCUUAA